UUGCAUUCUUAAGAGGGGACGCUGUUUAAAAAUAAAAACUUUUCUAAAACUCUGGUAAACCCGUCACCACGGUAACAGCAGUUCCUGUCUGUAGCUGCAGCAACACAGAGCGACGAGUGAGUCUCCACCGUCUUCACUGUAUUUGUGUUAUUCGAGUCUAAUUUAGUCAACGAAGCGAUAAGAGGUAGUUUCAUUUCGCAACUUUUAAAUUGGUCAUUUGAGAGAAAUUACCCGGUUUACACCGCGUUUCCUGUAGGUGCUGUACUGAGAGAGAGAGAGAGAGAGAGUGAGAGAGAGACCAGCUGCAGGGGAAGGUAUGUUGAAGGUUUCCUACAUCUUCCCAAAUGGAGACAGAUAUGAGGGGGAGUGCUGCAGGUCGGCCUCUGGAGCAAUGGUGAGAACUGGUGUUGGUAAACACACUUCAGCAAAUGGGAUCGUAUACACUGGAGAGUGGCGUGAGGACAGGAUGCACGGCAGAGGGACCCUGCAGCAUCCUUCCGGAGUCCUGUAUGAAGGAGAAUUCAAAGACAACAUGUACCACGGCAUGGGGACAUAUACUUUCCCAGAUGGCUCCACUUACAAUGGUCACUUCCACGAGAACAUGUUGGAGGGAGAUGGAGCUUUCACCAACACACAAGGCCUGGUUUGGACGGGAGUGUUUCACGGCAAAGCAGCUCUGGGGCUGAAAAUGCAGCACAACAUUUAGACAAAAACAAACAUUACCGUUCUGCUGUGUACAGAACAUUGUAGAAAACCGUAUAUUGUGAAUUAGAAUUUUUUUUCCACGUAAGUAUUAUAUUCCAGAUUUGUGCAUUAAAUAUGGGUAGAUAAACCCUGAGGAUCACAUCCAUGUGUUUCUGUGUAUUGGUUAAAUAGCCAUGCAGCCAGUGAGUCAUGUCCUCUGAGUCACGCUCUCAGCUCUGUGUCCUGCUCUACUGGUUGUGUUGCUCUAGCAAAGCAAGUGUUUGUGUGAGAGGGACAUAUCACACGGUGGAUUAUUAUUUAUUUUUUUUACCAUAAUUCACUUUUAUGUAGCUCUGAGAGAAGAAAUGCAUUAGUUGCACUUUUUUGUUGAGUUGUUUAGACCCUUCUUUAGUUUUUACAAACUAUGCGCUAUUAAAACCUCAAAAUUUGAAUUAUCUUUCCCUGAAGGACAAGCACAGGGGUUUUACAUCACUACACCUCCAGCCAGUCACAGGGGGGCAUAUGCUCACAACCCCAUUUGCAGCAGCUGUACCCAAACUGUUGGAACAUUGGCCCGAGGAAGUGUGUGAUGUGAUGUGAGUGGGUGGUCAGUUUGACCUUCACCAUGCGUGUGUGUGACCCAGCCCUCCCACCCGCUGUCUCUCUGCACGACUCCCUCAGCUGACAAAUAAUUAUUUCCCCAACAAUCACAAUUGUUCAAUAUUGUUUAAUAAGCAACUCUGAUAUUGUUAUUUGUCAUUUGAUAAUGCCUCUAUAUAUCUGCAAUUGCACAUACCCCUGAAUAAAAUUCAGUAUUGAGUA